GUUCGCUCACAUUGUGACUACAUAGGUACCGGUAGGCGCCGUCUCCCCGCUCGACAGCAGCGUUUCCAAACAACAGCGCUUGAGGGUUUGAUUGGACCUCGUAAUAGAUGUGCCUGUCAGCAGCAUGCCAACAAAAUCUUCCCAUCACACGUCACCUGCAUGAAAGAGGAUGAAAAUAACCUCUGCAGUGCAACCAACUUGUUUUGGAGUCCAUCACCGCUCGCUUAAUAAGCACGUGGGAAUUCCAAUCCUCCUCGACGGCAAAGCGCGCGCAUGACUUGGAGGAGGAAGGAGGGGGAUGGAGGAGGAGGAUGGAGGUUGGUGGAGGAGGGUUGGUGGCGCCGAGGGAACAAAGCAAGGCACAGGCACUCCUACGGUGGACUAUUAUCAGGUAUCCGGCCAAAAAAUUCAAAUCGAACCUGAGAAGCCCUACAUACACUACGUUCUCGCACUACGUACAUCUACUACCUCCUUACUGCGUACAUACACUGCGUAUAUAUACUGCGUACUUAAACUGCGUACUUGCUCUGCGUACUUGCUGCGUAUAUACGCUACGUACUUGCUGUGUAUAUACACUGCGUACUCGCACUGCGUACUUAUUCUAGGUACCUGCACUGCGUACCUGCACUGCGUACUUGCUCUGCGUGCUCGCUGCGUACAUAUACUGCGAACUUGCUGCGUACUAUUAUAUACUCUGCGCGCGUACUUGCACUAUAUAUUAAUACGCUUGCACUGCGUACCUAUACUGCAGCUUCAUCAUUGCACCUUCGGCCGCGGGCAGUUUGAAUUUUGGCCGGAUACCUGAUAAUAGUCCACCGUACACUCCCGUUGCUCGCCACAUGCACCAUCGUGCAUGCCUCGAUCCUGGUGUGUAGGUACGGAGUACUCUGUACACAGUACCUUCACUACACAGUACACAACCCCGUGGCGUCGCCUAGACGAUGCGACACGUCGGUAUCCCUUCAGCGGGUACGCGCCAG